AGCACUGACAAGUAACAUCAAAAUAAAAUGUCUAAGAUUGCGAUCGUUUAUGUUGAUGUGAGAAUUUUUUGGAUUAAUGCUAGUUUAAACUAAGUGUUCUCCAGUUUUUGAAAAGGCGAAGUUGUAACCCUCUUCUUUUAGGUGAUUCAAAGAUUUUAUCUCUGUAACAAAAUGCCGAAACUGGACAAAAAAAGUGCUGAAGAGGCUAAUCGUAUGUGGGCCAGCGCGUCGUUUGUUGGUGUCCUGAUCAUUAUAGGCUUGCCAUUAUGGUGGAAGACCACUGAAGUGUACAGGGUGGCUCUUCCCUACGAUGAGAUUAACGCUUUCGAUACUGAUUCCCACUUCAUCACAACCGAGCUGGUGGUGCUGGCCAACGAUGAGAAGACCGCUGCUAAGAUGGCCGAGGAUAUUGCGAAGGCUUUCGAGCAGUCAGAUAUAAUAAAACUAAAGAUCAGGCACCAGAAGUUAUCGGACAGUCUUCGUCAGACCCUGGACAUGGUUGCGGAUGAACAGGAGGCUCUGGAGGAGGUCGCAGCGGCGGUUGACGUCACGAGACACAAUACCUUCCACGUGGUACAAAGAAGACACCUAUUCCAGAAUGUGUGGAUUGGAGGAGAAAGGGUGGCAUUCUUCAGAGACUUAAAAGCAUCGGAAACAUUAAUCCGGGCGCUGUCAUCGUGGGUGCUGCAACCGUUAUUGCUGGAGGGCGCUCGUUCGUUAACUGCCGAUGACGCACGACGCGUGCGGCUCCCUAGCGAGCAACACCUGGACCUGCUGAUGACCGUGGUGCACCCGCGACCUCAAAACAUGAAGGUUGUGUUCGACGCGCCAGCUGUACUAGAAGAUUACGUCGGUUCAUUUGUUGACGAGUUGUCAUAUUUACACAAUGUCACCCUCAAGUCACAAUGGCUGCACCUCACGGAGUUCGACUUCCAGGCGAAACAGGUGUUGAGUCCUUCGGGUCCUCAGUGGUGGGUCAGCGUGGACCGGCUGCCGCUGCUCCUUACCCAGCUGGACGGACGAGGGCUAGGAACUAUUCGUCUUGCGGCGUACAUACUGCCCUGUGACGUCACACCGCUUGUAUUACACGACAGAGGAAGUCGAGUGGAGGCUGCAGUACCAGCUUUUAUGUCUCCUAAAUGGGGUGGUGUUGUAUUACUGAACCCCUCCUGUGAGGAAUGCUCCAAGGGUCAGUACGUGGUGCCCGUGAACAUGCUCAUGGGAACUUUCAUCUCACAACUCAGGAAACUACUCGGUAUCACUGAUAAGGUUAAUAUUCCCGAGGCGUAUCUGCUUCCUCUCGACUCCGUCUCACCGCGUCUUUGGGAAUUGGAUUCGCUCCUACGUCUGCGUACCCUGGAACAGGUCACUAGCGCACAGAGGAGCUUGAAGUCUCUAGCCAAACUUCUGGGCGAGAUCCCGAAUAUCGUGAUAACGGAUAAGGUGGGAAGCUACAUCCAGUCAGCUGUUCAACACGCACAUGAAGCUCGCGUGUACUGCGAACGUGGGUCCCUGGUGGAGGCGCACGAGCACGCGCGCUCCGCCAACGCCGCCGCUGAGACCGCCUUCACGGAACCCAGCCUGCUGGCACUGUUAUACUUCCCCGACGAUCAGAAAUACGCGAUCUACAUACCAUUGUUCCUACCCAUCAUGUUUCCCGUGAUACUGUCGUUGAAAAAUCUUAUUCUGUGGUUUAAGGGGAAACCGGUUGUUAAGGAGAAGACUGAUUAAAAUACAUAGAACAAUGCUUGUCCUAAGUCUUAUUAUAAAAGUGAAAUUCAUUUCAUAUUAAAUAAACAAACUGAAUCACCUAUUAUAAAAGUCUUUGUCUAUAAAGAGUGUUUAUAUUUUCUCUCAAUGUGUGUAUAUGGUUGAAAAAUAAUAUCAGAUUGUCAUAAUACAAAGCCUAUUUAUAUUAAUGCCACUGUAUUCUUUGCUUUACCAAAUGUUGAUAGCAAUAUAAAACUAUAAAUUA